CAGUGAAUUUGGUUGCAAAAGAUAUUUUAUAGUGUGCUGCAUGCAGACUGCUAAUCCUGAGACAGUAUAUGCUGUUUAUUAGAUUAAAUUGUAUGAAUUUGAAAGCAUUUGAUUCAUUCCUCAAAAAGUAGUCAAGCAGUUCAUAAGUCUCACCAAAUAACUCCACAUAUCUGAUGUAUUUAGCGCCAGUAGCAACAGGAUUCACAUAUUUAUUGGGAACUAGAAUGGGUUGGAGAACAAUCAUCUUAUUAGCUGCUGGUUUGGGAGCACUUUACACAGUUCAUUUACUCGCACAAGACUGGAUGAAAAUUCAAGCUGGCACAAAGAUUGCUGCACGCUUAUUACUCGGCAAAAGAGAUUUAACAAAUUUGAGUCGAAAUGUCACGAAAGAUGAAAUUGAAUUCGAGGAGAAAAUCGAUUGGGAUAAAAUUCUCAAUCGAGAUCCUUUUAAUUGUGCAUUGUCAUUAGUUUGUCAAUUAUCUGCUGGAGCUGAAAGGAAGGACGAUGAAGCUAAUGCAAUUUAUGAAUUUAUCACACACACAAUCGAGCAUGUAAAAGUGCCAAAGAAAUUAAAGAAAGCUUAUAAGCUCGGACAGGAUUACAAUAAGAACCAAAAAGAUGAUUACCAAAAAUGCUUUUCAGAUUAUUCAUGGUGUCCAUAUUCAGCUAGGAUGAUGAUAAAAUUCAUAUCAUUUAACAAAGUUUUAUUUGGAUGACAAAAAUUCAUUUCUUAUUAAGUUACAUCAGAAAUUGCUUAUUUUAUAGUCACGCAAGUGCAUGUGUAUGACAUUUUCAUUUAUUCAUAAAAUCAUUUAAGUUUCUCGUUAAGUAACUCGUGAUUAUUUCUAAUGUUAAUACUCUAUUGACCCUUGUAGUACUUUUGAGUCCAUUUAGUUUUAUGGUAAUCUCUAAGUGUCUUCUCUUGAUGCGUAUGGCUUGUAUUCAUGACACGAAUUUUACUGUCAAUUUGACUCGCUCGAGCGGGACAUUUAUUGUGCUUUAAGUAAACGCAAUUCCAAUCUGU